AGAGUAGAACACCACGGCUCGGUAGAGUGGCUUUGGGCGUGCGCGCGCCAUCGCGUCUGCUCCGCCGUUCCGGCCUCCCUGGCAGUCUUCGAGGGCUUCCGGUUCCAGCGCGGUCUGUGUUCCCCGUCUCUACUCAGGAGCUCCUAGGUCCCCUCCGUAAGGACAUUUACAAGGGAGUUAUUGAAGUCCUGGUAAAUCUUUUGUAUAGCUAUGAUGGCUUCUACUGGUGAUACCGAGAUCUGUAAGAACCAGGAUGUAGUUUUGGAAAUAAAGAUGGAGGAAGAGUGUAAGUAUACCACCAGACAGGAUUGGAGCCUGCAAAAGAACACUUAUAACAGAGAAGUCUUCCGAAAGUUCUUCAGACAGUUUAGCUACCAGGAAACGUCUGGACCCCGGGAGGCUUUGGACCGACUCCGGGAGCUCUGCCGUCAGUGGCUGAGACCUGAUACUCACACCAAAGAGCAGAUCCUGGAGCUGCUGGUGCUGGAGCAGUUCCUGACCAUCCUGCCAGAGGAGCUGCAGGCCUGGGUGCAGGAGCAGAACCCCGAAAGUGCGGAGGAGGUGGUGACUGUGCUGGAGGAUUUAGAGAGAGAGCUUGAUGAACUAGGAUACCGGGCCUCAGUGCAAACUGCAGAACAGAAAGUGUUUUUGCAGGAAAUGAAGACUUUAGGAGCAGAGCCAGAACCCAGUGCAUCCCAUCCACCUGUGAAAGCCAGGCUGAAGUGUGAACCUGCAGAAUAUGAAGCCCCAGAGGAGCAAGUUGCAGGUGUUGAGACUGGAAAUGAGUCCAGGAAUAUAACUCUAAAGCAAGACCUUGGUGAAGGAAUGGAAGCCAAACAGAAUACCUCCAGUGGAUUAGCAAAGGAUGCACUUCAGUGUGAGGAAACCCGUGACCCUGGAGAAGAACCUUCUAGUGCUUCCAGUGAGGACAACCGGCCUUCGCCUGCUGAAAAUGGGACAGACUUGCCUGAGAACUUAGACCAUGUUAAAGACCAGAACGUCUGUCCAGGGCGGAAACUGUAUGGAUGUGAGGACUGUGGGAAAACUUAUAGUCAGCACUCACGCCUCCUCGAACAUAAAAGCGUCCACACUGGAGACAAGCCCUACAGAUGUGAAGUAUGCGGGAAAACCUUCCGGUGGAAGACUGUGCUUAUUCGACACAAGGUGGUGCACACCGGAGAGAAACCUUACAAGUGUAAUGAAUGUGGCAGGGCCUUUGGCCAGUGGUCAGUUCUUAACCAACAUCAGCGGCUUCACUCGGGAGAAAAGCACUACCACUGCAAUGAGUGUGGCAAAGCCUUUUGCCAGAAAGCAGGCCUCUUUCACCAUCUCAAGAGCCACAAAAGGAACAAACCUUUCCAGUGUCUAAAGUGUAGUAAAAGUUUCAAUCGCCGGUCCACACUCACUCAGCACCAAGGAGUUCACACUGGUGCGAAGCCCUAUGAGUGCAACGAAUGUGGCAGGGCUUUUGUGUAUAACUCCUCUCUUGUUAGCCAUCAGGAAACGCACCACAAGGAGAAAGCCCUCGCUCAAAGGGGUCCUUCUCGGCGGCAGAGAAGCCGCACCAGGGAGAAGCCCUACACAUGUGAUGUCUGUGGGAAAGCCUUUGUUCAAAAAUCAAGUCUUACAGAACAUGAGCAAAUUCAUGCUGGAGAGAGACCCUAUUAAUGUGCUGAGUGUGGGAAGGCCUUUAUUCGAAGGGCAGUCCUCAGGAAACAUCUGGGAAUCCACAGUGGGAGGCUCCACAAGUGUGCGGAGUGUGAGAAUGCCUUCCCAGGAAGCACCGGCUUCAUUCAACAUCAGGGAAUUGACAGUGGGGAGAGGCUCCACAAGUGUGCUGAGUAUGGCAAGACCUUCUGACAGAGGUCAGACCUUAGUAAGCCCCAGAGAAUUCAUGGCAGAAGUGGUCCCUCUGAGUGUAACAAGUGUGGGGCAUUGUCCAGGCCGAGCUCAGCUCCUGCCCAUCAGACUGCUCACAAAGGAGCCGGAACUCUUUCUGUGAGGUGACUGCAGGGCAGCCGUCUCCCAGCUUGCGGGACGCAGGGCAGCCAUCUCCCAGCGUGCGGGACGCAGGGCAGCCAUCUCCCAGCGUGCGGGACGCAGGGCAGCCAUCUCCCAGCGUGCGGGAUGCAGGGCAGCCAUCUCCCAGCGUGCGGGACGAUGAGGAAGACUGUAUUUGUACUGCUUUGUGGCCGCACUUCAGCCCUUGGUACUGUAAGAAGACCAUAAAUACUUGAUGGCACCCACUGUUCAUUGUAUUGAUGAAGGAAAGAAGUCUUAUCACCAGAUUCCUUAGAGCCCAGCCCGGGAUGUGAAAAUCUGCCAUAGUUAGUUAAAAAGAAGGGCAGUGGAUUGAUGUUCAGUGUGUUUUAGAAUUAAAAUAGGAGAAAUUCAAAUUCCUCAGAACAGAUUAUUUGUACACCUGGUCAGGGAAGAGUUCCUGAAAGAUACUGAAAAUAAGAGUAUGAUGGAUUGACUUGGUAGGCAGAAGGGAGAAACACAUGUAGGUAAAACAGGUGAGCAGAAGCAAGAAUCUGGGUGGUUCAGAAGCAUCAGUGAUGAGACUAGCCAUCCUCCUAGAGAGCUGAUUUUAAGUGUUUAACUGAUGGGUAUUAGUUGGAAAUAGCUUGGGGAUAGAGUAGGGGAGUUCCAAUGCUAGGAAUGCUAGCCAACACUUGGCAAUGCUUUGACACAGAACACUCUUUUCAUUGUUAAAAUAGCUCUAAGUACAAGUUCAUUUUAGAAAUGAUGUGGUUGUACAUGCUUGUCUAUCUCAGCACUUCUGAUGCUGAGACAGGAGGAUUAGGAGUUCCGUGAUAUCUUUGGUUUCUUAGGGAAUUCAAGGCCAGACUUCAAGAAAAAGAAAAGAGGAUACCAGGGGCUGGAAAGGCAGCUCAGCAGUUAUGAGCACUUGUUGCUCUUGCAGAAGAUUCGGAUUUGGUUCCCGUCACCCACAUGGUGGCUUGAAACCACCCAUAACUCCAGUUUCAGGGCAUCUGGUGCCCUCUUCUGAUCUCUGUGGAGCACAAGGCACACAGCUGGUGCACAUGCAUACAUGCAAAACACUCCUACAUAUAGAAACCUACUUCUUGGGACUGGCUUCUCAGCCUGUCUCUUAUGCCUGUGAAACUCUGACGUGGUUGGACAUCAGCAUCACCUGGACGUCAAGUAUUAUUUUAAAUGCCUAUGUGCACUGAAUGAGACCCUGGGUUCAAUCCCCAAAGCUUUGAAGGAGAUCAGACCCAAAAUAGAGUGGAAUGGGGCUAGGUAGAGCCAGAUUGGCAACCCAGACUAAGGGUCAAAAGGAGGACAGCGGGGAAGUGUGUGAUGGGUGCCCCAGUUGGUGACACAGUGAGCAGAGAGGGCUGUGUGAUGGCCCCGAGGACAUCUUUUUGUAGUUAUGUAGCCCAGGGUGGUCUCUGGUUUUUGAUAGCCCUCCUACCUCCGCCUUCUAAGUGCUAGGAUUACAGCUCUGAGCUAUGAACCUGAUUUCCUUUGCAUCUUAAUGUAUAUUUUGAAAUGCACAGUUGGAAGAUGGGAGGAAUGGAAGAACAAAGUGGGUUCAAGGAGGAAGUAAUGCAGUCAGUGAUUCAACAGUCAAGUAGAAGUAGCUGCUCAGGUUGUCUGACUUCUUGAUUUAUAAUGAAUUCACUUUGAGACAUUUCAUGGUGAAACAAAGCACAAGUGGUUGGGCAGAGCCGAGUCUCUGGAGCCCUGGAAAGACAUAAUCGUAAACACAGGCUGAGUUUGGAUUCCAUUUGCUCAAAGUCACACGGUGCAGGCUUGAACACAAGCAGCUGCGUUCCAGAUCAUAUACUUUUAAGUUCUUACACAUGGUGCUUAUUUUAGUUGGACAGACCAUGCAUAGCAGUGGUAUUCAGGACCCUGCAUAAUUUUCUAUAGAAAAUUUCAGCUCCUUUCAGCUUAAGUAGGAAAACCCAGACCCUCAUCCGAACACCUCAGUAUUUUGGUAUAAUUGUCUCUCCAUAGUAAAUCUUGUGUGAUUUGGCCAGUGUCCCAUAAACGUCAGCCCCAGUGGUAAUCAGGACAGGGAAGAUUUGCAGAAGACUGUCUACCUCAAAAGUGAGCCCUCAUUUAAGGAUCAGCUUUCAUCCUAAAACCGUAAUUCAGACUCUGCCUUCCUAUCGAGAGAUGGGAUAUCUGACUUUCUUCUCAGUACAAGUCAUAUUUAGAGAGAUAGCUCAAAUGGCAUUGACUCAGCAUGUCUGUUGUUAAUUAGGAUUCUUACACUGUAGCCCUGGCUGGGAAGGGAGCCUGGCGGCAUAACUGUCACCCAGCACUCAGGAGACUGAGGCAUGAGGAUCAUUAAACUCAGUAGUGUGGGACUAGUCUGGACAACAGGUUCUGUCUCACAGCAGGAAGAUAGAAAGUAUAUUCUAUAAAAUGGCCCCUGGGAAGCAGCAGUUGUAGAGUAGCUUGCUUAGUCUUGGAUUUGUUUUCUAGCACUGAAAAGAACAUUUUCAUUUGCUCCAGUUUUUCCUUUUAGAGGUCAGAAGGUGCUCUGUUAAUUCUGGAGGCUACAAAACCUAGAGUAACAAGUGUUUCCACCCUGGGAAUAACCACUUGCUAACUUUUACUUGAAUCUCUUUCCAGCUUCUAUCCCUAAUUGAAAGUUCUCAUACUACAACCCCUCCAAAAACUCAUCUUACUAGUUUUUCAUAUCUCUUCCAAAUGUACUUCAGAAUGAUUGGUAAGGCAUCCUUGCACAUUUUUGUAGAUUUAUACUGUUUCUGUAUAUAUUGUAUAGACAGUUCAUAUUUGUGAAUUUUUAUUGUAGCACAAUUAAUAAAAACCCAGAGACAGAUAUUGGGGUUUAACCUGAAGGUCAGAAAAGCAAAACAGCCAGCCACUAACUCUUAUCUCUACCUCAGUA